CAGGUGUGAGCACUGUGCCAAGACCUUCACCAAUAUGACCAAGUUCCUGUACCACCGUAGAACACACACCACCAAAGCAGCCACCACUACACUUACCCCCGUCGUCCUGGUAACCACGUUUUCUUUUUAAAAAUGGUCCCAGCGGCCCCCAGGAGGAUGUCCCUGUCAGCCCUGUCCAUCCUUCAGAGAGCCCGGGCUCUGAGGGGCGGGGGUGAGGGCAGCCCCAUGGAGACGGAGGGGGACGAGGAGAACCUAAUGGCCCCCCUUACCGAGGCUGAGAUGGAGAUAGGCGAGUCGGGGGAGGACACUGCCUCCAGCUCUCUGAGCAGGGCAGAGGGAGGAAAGGAGAAUGGGGUGGAUGUGGAGGGGACACCAGGGGGCAGUGGAGAGUCCCAACCGGGGGAACAUACUGCUGAUCCUGGUUCCUCUACUGACCCUAACCCCUCUGGUCCAGCUGGCCCCCGGGGCGCGUUCCCCUGCCCCUCCUGCCCUCAGGCUUUCCCCUCCCUGCUCCGCCUGGUCAAACACCGCCAUACGGCCCACAUCUCCGAGCGACACUUCAAGUGCUCCGUGUGCACCAAGACCUUCAAGAAGCAGAUGCACCUACGCAACCACCUGCGUAUACACACCGGCGAGCGGCCCUUCCAGUGCUCAGACUGCGGCAAGACCUUCUCGUCUCUGGCCAACCUAUCUCGCCACAACCUCACCCACUCUGGCGUGCGCCCCUACCGCUGCGACAUCUGCCACCGGACAUUCACCCAGUCAUCCAACCUCCGGCAGCACCGCCUACUCCAUGCCAACCUCCCUCCCUGGCCCUGCCCGGACUGCCCCGCCACCUUCGUACGGCCGGCCAAGCUAGCCGCCCACCGCUACACUGUUCACCCGGGGGCCCCGGCCCCGUUCUCCUGCCCCCACUGCCAGGCUGGCUUCCUGCACAGGAGGAAGAGAGACCGCCACUGUCAGGAGGUCCACCCCACUGAGGCCCAGGCAGACAGAGAGGGAGGGUUAGAGAGCCAGCCCCAAGUGUGCCCUGACGGGGAGCCCCUCUCAGAGCCCUCCACCUCAGAAGACACAGGGACCACCAGCAUCAUGAGAGGGGGCCUGGACUGCACUGUGUGUAGAAAGAAGCUCAACUCUGCAGCCAACUGGCGUCUGCAUCAGCUGAGCCACGGCCUGGUUCCUGGUCGGUCCUGUGGUGGUGCAGUGGCCAGGGGUAAAUCCCACCAGUGCCUAACCUGCGGUAAGCUGUUUGUCUCCUCCUCUGGUGUGACCUUGCAUCAGCGCAUCCACACAGGAGAGCGCCCCUUCCCCUGCAACCUGUGUGGCAAGCGCUUCCGGCAGAACACGCACCUGCGAGAGCACCUGCGCACGCAUACGGGGGAGCGGCCGUUCCGCUGCGAAAUAUGUGACAAGGGCUUUGUCCAGAGCAUGCACCUGGCGGAGCACCGGCGUACGCACACGGGGGAGCGCCCCCACGCCUGUCUGGUGUGUGGCAAGGCCUUCAAGUCCUUCUCCAACCUGCGGAACCACAGGAAGACCCACGCACGCCAGCAGAGGCAGGAGGAGGCGGCCGCAGCACAGGUUGCCAUGGAGACCAACGCCGCCGUGGCGCUAGUGGAGGCAUCCCAGGUGGAACUGGCCAAUGGGCAGCCUCAGCUGAUCCACAUACAGACGUCGACCCUACAGCAGACCCAGGGUACUCCCACCAUCAUGUGUAAUGAGUUUGGGGAGACCAUCGCCAUCAUAGAGACCAGUGAGGGAGAAACCCUUCCCCUGGCUGAGGCUAUAGAGAUCUACCACACAGCCCUGGAGAACAGUCUGGGGAUGGACUCCAUCACUGUAGACAGCCUACAGCUCAUCUAAAGGCCAGACAGAGACAACUCAGAACCAUGACAGGACCAUCAGAUAACCCUCACAGAACCCUCACACGACUAUCUAGAUACUCUGGGGGUCAAAGAGACACGACUCAGAACUAUCACAGACCUGUCAUAGAACCAUCAAACAAGCCUCACAGAGUUAUCAACAGCUACUGAGAGCCAGUGAGAGGCUCAACUAUCGGAGAACCAUGACAGAACUACCUGUGUGGGCUGUGGGACUGUACUGACUUGACUGUCAGAGAGCAUGUUUUACUGACUCUUAUCCUAUUGGGGUGAAUGUAUGGGCAGCAGUAGAAGAUUAAACUGUGAUCUAGUGAACUACAGGAGUGUAGGAACACUGGUCUGGUUGUCAUUGUUGAGUAUAAAAAUGAUUGUCUACAAUUGCAGCAGGCAGGACAACAGUAGGUGCUCAUUCACUCCUCCAGACCAAAUGUGUUACGAUCUCAUGUUCAGAAAGACAGGGCAGAGCCGGUCAGUGGUGGCGGAUAGGUAGUUGUGACAGACGUGAAUCGAGGGCCAUUUCCUGUGUUUGUCAUGUUCUUGACUGCCCAUGGAUGUUCAUUCAGUGCUUGUCUGUAAUAUGUGAUUUUUACUUUGAAACAAUGACUGUUCCUCCUUUUGCUGUAAAUAGAUAAAUGAAUGAUUAAAUGAUAUUUGAUAAUA